AAAUUGUACCAAAUUUCAUGUGUGACAUGAUUAAGAUCAAUUUAUGGUUUUACUAUUAUACUGAUCCGUAGGUUUCGAAAAAUGAUUACAUAAUCAUUAUUCACAUAUGAACAGUAGUGCUCAAAAUACGUUGGAUUAGAGUUGAUCAGACUGCAGAAUAAUAAAAAUUGAGCGAUCUCUUGGAAAACGAAGAAUCCCGGGCUCACAGAGUCGAAGUUCGACAAGUCGUUUGCUGAUAUAAUCGCCGAGUCGAUGGACUGUUGGCGCGCUGCGAUCGGAGAUGAGGAAACUGUCGAGCAACAGUAAAGAGGCGGUGGAUAACAUUGGCAGCGAAGGUGCCAAAGAUAGAAUCACGGCAGAAUAUAAAUCAUCGCUGGCGUUCGCGUACGCACGAUACACGAGCGUGUUUCAAAGUUCGAAAAAUAGUGGCGAAAGUUUUGAUGGACAGAAGGAAAUCAGAAGUGGACCGGGAACUUUGUGUGUGUGAGUGUGUGUUUUUUUGUUAUUCUCUUAACUAAAAAUAUAUUCAUUUGUUACACAAAUGAACUGGGUGAUUUCCUCGCGAUUGUCGCCUUCUCGCGGUUGCUGAUGCUGUUCAUUAGUAGCUGUUUCAUCUCUCUCGACGUAAAUUUCAGUGCAGUCAAUAUUUAACAGCGGCACGUAGUGUCGCCGACUCGUGGCUUGGGAAACAACCCCUGGUGUUCCGUAUUCGAUCAUCCUCCUCCUCCUCUUCUACGUCGUCGUCGUCGUCGUCAUCGUCGUUUGUACGGGCGAAAAUAUCACCACCGAGGGAGCAAAAAUUUUCGCUAUUCCCAUUCUAUGAGCGCGAAGGGCCAAGAGGACCCUGGAGAAGAUCUGACUUCCAGGGUAGGAGCUGAGAGCCCUGGCAGCGACAUGAAGCGUGCCGCGGCAAAGAAACUCAUUGAACGCUAUUUCUAUCAGUUAACAGAUGGCUGUGGAAAUCCACAGUGUGAUAAUCAGCAUUGCGCAUCAAGUGGGAAGGUGACUAAUUUGACGCCAAAUCAAGCAGCUGCGCAGGCAAUUCAGUUGUUUUCUCAAGAGGCACGACUAUGUGAUGGAACACAACCCAACAAAGUAGCGAGAACCACGAUAGAGCCAGGCCCGGCAUCGCUGGCGAAAAGCUUGCCAGUGAAAAGUGUAAACCCGACUUGCUCCGUCGAAGGAAAACCAGUGCCAUACUUGACAGAACCAAAGUUGUUGGAUAUAAUACAGCAGUGUAAAUCUGAAGAAUCCUAUUCUCUCCUCAUUCGGACGUUGGGCGAAGUCUUCUCCUCUGCAGAAGCAUUGAGUCGUAGUUUUCAAAAAAGUGCAGAGAACGAUUCUCCCCUUGCCGCCCUCCUUGAUCGAGCUCCAGUCGACCUUCUUGGACCACCGCGAGACCUCAGUAAAGAAGCAGUAAGAUCACUGCAAGGAGAAGACAAGGAAGAGGAUAGCAGCGAUCCUUCACCUACUGUACCUCACCCUGACGAUACCAGUGUAGAUUUGCCUGCAGUUAGAAGAGCCUUUACAGCACUUUGGUCGUUACCAGGAGAGGCAUUCGAAUCUGCACUUGUACAUGCUCUAGUUACUUUGGCAGACAACAUAGAACUGGACUUGAGGGUAUUUGGUAUAGUGCCUUCAGAUAGCACGGACAGUUUACUGAAUGUGUUCCUGAUAGUAUUUGAGAUACCAGUUUUGGGUAGCAGUGAGUAUCUUGAGCUGGCAUUGCAUAUGUUGUGCAAGGCUGCGAGCUGUCUACCUUUAACAGCACAGGCAAAGCUGGCACGCGUAUGGGCACGGCAUUCAAAACCUCGUCUUCAAGCGCUACUGCAAGCACUGCAGCAACUCAUUACCGUUAAGGUAAUCGGAGGGUCGUUCACUCGAGACUAUUGCGUCCAAGACGCUGAUACUAUUACUGCCCCGACUAAGGUCAUGAAAAUACUGUACUAUGCGAGUAUGCUCGCAGGCGAACUUGAUGGACCAGAAUUGAGAAGAGAUGAAGAAGGCGACGCGGGGGAGCUAGAAAAAACUAGUACUCAGAGAACUUCGACACAGGCUUUGCAAGAUCCAUUGGCUGUGGAAUUAAAAAUCUGCUCGCUGGAUGCGCGAAAGCCAUUUGUUCCCUUCAACGACUUUUACAACGAGCCAUUGAGUGAUGCCAUAGAAAUGGACAAAGACUUUGCGUACUACAAAAGUGAGCAGCCAAAAAAGUUCAGCUUUAUGAACUAUGCAUUCAUUCUUACACCCGCAACGAAAACACUCGGACUCUAUUAUGAUAACCGAAUACGAAUGUACAGUGAGAGAAGAAUGAGUUUUCUGCAGACUGUUGUCGGCCAGCCAACGAAUCCCUAUCUCCGAUUAAAGGUGCGUAGAGAUCAUUUGAUAGACGACGCACUUGUUGAAUUAGAAAUGGUAGCCAUGGAAAAUCCGACGGAUCUGAAGAAACAACUCGUUGUUGAAUUUGAGGGAGAGCAAGGGGUUGACGAGGGUGGUGUAUCCAAGGAAUUUUUUCAGCUAGUGGUCGAGGAAAUAUUUAAUCCUGAUUACGGAAUGUUCACGCUGCAAGAUGACACGCAAACAACGUGGUUCAAUCCAACGUCGUUCGAAAGCGAUGCGCAGUUUACAUUGAUUGGAGUCGUAUUAGGCUUGGCGAUCUACAACAACGUGAUCCUCGACGUACGUUUCCCGAUGGUUGUCUAUCGCAAGUUGUUGGGAAGGAAAGGAGCCUUUGCGGAUCUGGAAGACUGGAGUCCAAUGCUUUACAGAAGUUUGAAAGAGCUGCUUGAUUACACUGGAGAAGACAUGGCUGACACAUUCAUGCAAACCUUUAGGGUCGGUUACAAAGAUGUGUUCGGGUAUGAACUUUUCCACGAGCUUCGCGAGGAUGGGGAUCAAAUUUACGUAAUGCAAUCAAACAAGCGAGAGUUUGUCGAUCUCUAUGCAGACUUCCUCCUAAAUCGAUCCGUUGAAAGACAAUUCAAAGCCUUUAGACGCGGCUUUCAAAUGGUUACCGACGAGAGCCCGUUAGCGCUACUCUUCAGGCCGGAGGAAGUUGAGCAGUUAGUCUGCGGAAGCAAGAACUUCGACUUUGCGGAACUAGAGGCAGCUACGGAGUACGAAGGCGGUUACACCGUCGACAGCGAAGCUGUCAGGAACUUUUGGAGGGUAGCUCACGCUCUUCCACCCGAAAGCCAGCGUAGGCUGCUGCAGUUUACUACUGGAAGCGAUAGAGUACCCGUCGGUGGUCUUUCGAGGUUGAAGAUGGUGAUCGCACGGCAUGGUCCGGAUUCGGAUAGAUUACCCAUAGCUCACACUUGCUUCAACGUUCUUCUCUUACCCGAUUAUGGCACGAUAGAGAAGCUUCAAGAUCGUUUAUUGAAAGCAAUAAAUUAUUCAAAGGGAUUUGGGAUGCUGUGAAUAAGAUAUACGAAUAACGGAAGUAAUUCAAUUCAGCGAGAAAAAGAAAUCUCUCCUCACCUGAACAGCUCUCCCUCUUUAUUCCUUACCCAUUUAUUCUCAAUUCGGAAUAUUUCAGGAAAUGCUUAUUGAGCAAUUAGUAGGCGCGUAAAAGGAGGAGGUGAAGGACGAUCGAUGUUUGCAGUUUACAAGAAAGUUGGGGGCUCGUGAUCGACUAUCGGGCAUAGAGAAAAGAAAGUAUUAACAAUUCAAGAAAAGAUAAGUAGAAAGCAGCAAAAAGGUAAAGAAAUCCACGAAUUAGUGUAAGUCUGGUGUCUGAAAAGUGAGUAGGAUACUUUUUAGAGUUUUGUCGUCGGUAGAUCUUUAUGGGCUCGUGUAGUAUCUGCCCUUGUGUACAUAAUUUGUGUGCUGAAUAUGCGGAAAGUGUGGACGAAAUAUACUAUAUUCUGUGCGGAUUUUGAGCGUCACUUGGCUUCAAAUUACGACGUUUCAAGCAAGAAAUUGUAGAGAUAUUAUUAUUAUUAUUAUUAUUAUUAUUAUUAUAUACAAUUGCAUACUAUUACAUAUAUAAAUAAUGCAUACAUACUAUACAUAGGUAUAUAAAAUACGCCCCAAAGACAAGUGAAAUGUAUGACUGUGAUGCGAGUGAGAAUGGCGAGUAUUCAGUAAGUGAUAGUAAAAUUAAACAUUUUAGAAGUAAAUAAUAAUAAUUACUGGGUGAAUACCAAAUGGAAUUAUUCAAAUUAAUGAUAAAAGUAAAUAGACGAAUCAGUGAUUUACAGAUCAGGUGAAUCAUUUUGAACAAAAUCUGUAAACUAUGUAUACACAUUUUAUAGAUAUGUACGUUAUACAUGUAUACAUAAUUGUGGUGCGUUCCAGCUAUCCAUGUCCACUUCUGCGAUGUUGCAUAAAAAAAAAUACUUUUACAUCAAUGUCUAAGAAAUUUACAAAGUGAAAAGUUCGUUAAUCUUCGGUUCGGUAAUCCUGCAAAAUUCAUAAAACUCGAAAUUUAAUAAUGUGCUACCAGCUUAUUUUGCUGCGGAAGAAGAAUUACUAUGAAAAAUCGGCUGAUUGCGCUAACGAAUUAUUGCAAAUAAAUGAACGUUUGAAUAGAAUUUGUGAGAUAAAUAGUGUCUAUUCAGUGGGAUUUUACAUCUGCCUAAAGCGUUCAAGCAUUGGCUUUUUUGCCCUGUACUUACUCGGCCAAUUUUAAAUGAAGACGAGGUUAAAAUGAUUAUAGAAAAGGACACUCGUUGGAAAUUGAACUGGAACGCUUUGUACCCCAAAGGUCGAUGCAAGAAUAUGAGCUUCAUAAAACGGGCAUUGCUACGUAGGUUUCAAAGAGGAAACAAAAAAAAAAUCGCGUACCUAUCCGUGUCUUGACAUUUUUGUUUAUACGCAUAUGAACACACAAUCAAUUUAUACGGUAAAAAUUGUCAUUACCAUCAAUAUACAAAUGAUAUUUACUGCGCCUAAUGAACUAAAAAAGAAAAGUAAGAAUUAAGAUAGACUAAUAAUUUGUAUAAUAAACGUUUGUAACCAGCGACUUUUCUAAAAAGGCACGCUGCACACUACACCGAUGUUUAGAUAUAUCAUUAGUCGUGUGACAAUAAAAGUUGUAUGAAAUAA